AUGGACAGACAACACACUCGCAUCAAGAGCGAUAGUGCCCUCGACACUGCUACGGCAAUCUCAUGUCGGGACGCCAGUCCAAUGUACCGUAUUUCGAUGUGCCCGACCGCCUUUUCUCCAUCCGUAAAAACGGCUCAAUCUCCGGCCACCACUUGUGCUUCAAGUGACCGCUCUUCUCGCUCCCGUGUGCCCAAGCCAGUGCCUAUCCUCUCCACUUCGUCCAAGCAAAAGGUUUCGGCUCGUACCGGUGUCUCUAUGAAUCGCCUCGAAGGGCCAACUAACAAUCGACUAGGCGCACAACUUUCCGAUAACCCUGAUGUUAGAACCGCAACGGAGGUAUCGCUUUUGGAAGACUCCGCUCCAACCGCCAUUCUUUGGGAUAGCGAUUCGAUGAUGACGGCCCGUUCGACCUCGUUUGGUCAAUAUCGCAUAAAUACGGCCACCACUCAACUAUCGAUGACGGCUUCCCAUUUGGAUUCAGCUUCGCGUGGAGCUUCACGCGGACAUCGUUCGAGGACACCCGGUCGACACACUCCAGCCACGAAUCGCACUGGCAAGUCUACUUCGACUCCAUCUACCGCAAAAACCUCGCGCUCGAUGGUCUCAACUACAUCUCGUGGUCGCAGCAUGUCUCGAGGCACUCCAAAUGGCAGUCAACCCAUCUCGACGGCUCGUCCCUAUUCAACGAAUUGUUCAUCAAUGUCGCCCUAUCGUCCUCCUGGUGCCGCUCCAACGCAUGUGUAUCCAAAUCAACAGGCUCGAGGACAAGUAAUAACUCCAUUGGGAAGCAUCUCCCAGGCUCCAUUGUUGCCAAGUUUGACCGGUUGUUCUUCUGGACACCCCACCGCCUUGGAGAUCAGCGACAAUGAGGCAAUUGGACGAGGAAUAGGUCGAGCUUUGACAGAGGACAAUAGUGGCAGCUCGACCAGUAGAAAACAUUCGGCAAAUCGCUCUGCAAAAAAAACUCACCCCAACAAGAAGCCUCUGCUCCGCACUCCAGAACGCCUCGGCACACCAGCCGGACCCAUGUAUGGCUCGAAUUCUGCAGCAAAAAAGCCACACCUUUACAAGAAAGUGAACCUGCCCAAACCGCCCCCGCAAGACAAAUCGAUGAUUCGUGCCGCAAAAAAAGCUCGCCCUUGCAGGAAGUUUCCCAUUCCUGAGCCACGCAGCCAAACGUCUCAAGAUUUUGAUUCUACUUCUACUUACGCGACUACCAAUUACAAUGAACUCUCGGCUGGUGCGGUUUCGGCAGCAGGUACUAUGGCUACGACAUUGCUCGAUCCGGGAAAGCGUCGUGAACAUCAUAGACAGUGUCAUGGAUGUGGCAAGCCUCGAGCAUCACCUUCCGCUCAGAAAAAGCCCCUGCCAGCAGAGAAUCCCUCCGUGCAAGUGUUUCAAACAAAUGAUGGAUUGCUAUUCAGAGUGAAAAUGCGUCUCGGUGCGCGUGAAUUGAUUAAGACGGGAAAUUCUGCUUCAACUGCUCGGUUCGGUGCCACUGCUUCCGCAUGCUUACCCGCGGGAGUUGAAGCCAAGAAAGCGAUCAUCAAGGGAAAUGUCUAUCAACCACACCUCCAUCCCAUCAAUAAU